AUAGCCCCAGUCGGGUUUUCCUCUCUUCUCUCAACACCUUAGCUCUUUCAAUUAGACACCAAAUGCUGUCGUCGACUGUCAUUUUCAGAACCAACACCAAUUCUGCCAUUAUGUCUGAGGAGGAAGAGCUCAACCGGCAAAAAUUGGCGCUGGCAAGAAAGAAGCGCUUUUGGCUAGAGCGAGAUUCUCUCAAUCGUAGAAAUCAAUUGCUUAUCGGUAGAGAAGGCAGUAGAAGGCGACAACGAUGGGACAAUAAUAACUUUACCGAUCAUCCCUUCGCCGCCAUCAACCCUGCCGAUUUGCGGCCACCGGGUUACGCUGACCUACCCAAAUUUCACUGGGCAGACGAUGAAGCCAUUGCUAAUAUCACUUCAGAUGACAUUGACCGAAUGUGUCGGUCCCAAGACUUGAAAUCUACUGCUAGCCACGCUGAUUAUCCUUUGCACCGAAGCAUCCGCCAAGAUCUGAAAAAGUCCCACAUUCCUGAAGGGCUUGUUGCGUUUUACGAUGAGCAGAUUAGACAGUUUAUGCAGCGUUCUAUUGUAAAGGAUACGGACUCUCUGGAGCAAGAUUGGGUUAUCGUGGAUGAAACGGCAAAGCAACAACCGUCGGAACCGACUGCGCCGCCACCCACAGAGAUGCCGCUGCCAACCGAAACGUCUGUGUUCUUAGUCUGGGAGAUUGGUGACCGAUUCUCCCGCUGGAUUAUCCACACUAUGUCACAAUUUUAUAACCUUUCUUCGUUCAGUACUACCACAAAAGACCAACGAAGACUUACCUAUGUGUGCCAUCCCGAGCACGCUGAGCACCUUUCAAAAUUUACUUCUGAGGACGCAAUGGAUGUAGACCCAUCAUCCCUGCCGCCUCCUACACUAACUACUACCCCGGAAAAAUCUUUCUAUAGUUAUCUGUUCAGGUGACCUGACUGUUUGGCACCGAGAGGCUAUUGAGCGCAGCCUUGCCUCACUUCAUUUUGGUUUUUUUUUUCUUGUUCAGCUGCUUGCACACUCUCUGGUAUUCUGACUUUAGUUUGAUUUUAAUGGAAGUGCUACUAAAAGCAAAAAAGGCAAUGACCAAGGGUGUUCCUUUCUCUCGUUUAUACAAUUACACGAAUGUGAUUUAACACAAUACAUCUGCUCAUUAUUUUGAUGCCCACGAGGACGAGAGCAAUUUUUGCGAAUUAUUCACCGGAAGAUGUCGGUGUUACGGAAACUUGAAUGAUCGUUUAAAGAGUCAUUGUGGGUUUUGUAUUCCAUGAUGGUAUCUGCUGGCAAGUUCAGGACCUUCUUCAUAGUAUCCCUGUAAUGACCCAUUGAGUUUAGAUGUAGUCACAUUGUAUCACAACUUUGGAACAAUAAA